GUCCAACUUGUCAAUCAAGCUUGAGCGUAAAGCGAUGCAUAGUUAAGGCAACGUGCUGCGCCGUGGGUUAGUGCGAGACGCUGCGAUUGCGCGACAGAUAAGACACAUUCGGCCUCAGGCAUCUCCCUGUGCAGCAUUUUGUGGGAGAGGAGAACCAUAUCUAAGUUGGCCCCGUUCCGAAAGGGAGUCUCCCAGACACCAUGGGUAACUCAUACUCCUCCGCACGCGAGGUCUUAUUCCCCCCUCCACCCACCGUCACCGUAGACAAUAUCCCAGACUUAACUGGUAAGGUGGUGCUCGUCACCGGGGCAAAUGUUGGCAUUGGCAAAGAAACCGCUAGGGUUAUGCUCGCGAAGAAUGCAAAAGUGUGGAUUGCGUGCAGGGAUGCUACCAAGGGUAAGGCAGCACUUGACGAGCUCAAGGAGCAGACGGGACGCGAGGCGCAUCUCCUUCAGCUUGAUCUGGCCAACCUUCGAUCUAUCAAACAGUCUGCCGAAGAGUUUGCGAGCAAGGAGGCUCAGCUUCAUAUCCUCUACAACAACGCAGGAGUCAUGCAUCCGCCGGUUGACAUGAUCACGGCGGACGGCUACGACCUUCAAUUCGGGACCAAUGUUUUGGGUCAUUUCUACCUGACCAAACUACUCUUACCCGUCCUUCUCUCCACUGCAAAGUCAUCUCCCGGUGGUACGGUGCGCGUCAUCAACGUUUCAUCCAAUGCCCACUGGCGCGGUGGGCUUGGUUUCGACACGUUCAAGGAUACUCCGAAACGUAGAGCGACAUCCUCGUACACGCUGUAUAGUCAGAGUAAAUUCGGAAACAUCGUUUUUUCCUCAGAACUCAACAGGAGGUAUCGGGAUCAAGGUAUCGUGUCAAUAGCCGUUAACCCAGGGCCAAUCCGGACAGAACUACAACGCCACCACAGCUGGUUCCUCCAGCCGUUCUUUAACAGGGUUCUUUAUGAUGUAUCGUAUGGUGCAUUGACGCAAUUGUAUGCGGGGACGUUCCCAGAUGCCGUCAAUCUUAGUGGAAAGUAUUUGAUCCCAUGGGCAAGGAUAGCGACGCCUCGCGCUGACACUCAGGACCCGCAGCUUGGAAAGGAACUUUGGGCUUGGUUGGAGGAUCAAGUUGAAGGAUUGUAGACUUCCCGGAUGUGUUGACUCUUGGAAACUUUCAGGGAAACUAUGUGUUUAACUUUUCACGUGCUCUCAAUCCUCUCCUCAUGGCAGUGUAUAAUUUUAUCAGACCUUGAUCCCAACUCCAGAUAAAGUCAUAC